CCCUCUAAUGAGCUUGUCACAGCUGGAAUGGGUAAUGUUUGUGUGUGGUGCCUCACACACUUGGUGUGUCGUAAACGAGUUGUAGACGGUUUAGGGAGUUGUGUUUUCACGCAUCUAGCACUGUUGCCUAGCAGGACUGAGCAGCGCCUCAGAGCAGCGGCUGCAUAUGGACGAGCUGUGGCUGUGGUCGACCUUACAGAGGGAUGCAUUAUUGAGCACAAGAAGAGCCUCCAUUUAAGGGAAAUCACAGGAAUGAUCUACUGUCCCCUUAGAGAUAUUGUAUUCACAUCAGGAGAUAUGACAAUCCGAGUAUGGAGACCAGACUGGGAGCUUCAGAUGUGCUUUGUGGGACAUACUGCUCUUGUGACUUCCCUAGCUCUGUGUCCUGUCUCUGGCCUGUUGUUGUCAUCUUCUCUCGAUGGCACUGUGAGAUGCUGGAGCCCAGAGGUUGGAGACCACGUCCAGACUGUUUCCAUUCCUAAUAAGAGUUCACCUCCCCUGAUCAUGGGAGGUUCAGACAGUGCUGCAAACUUCUUUUCAUACUCCACCAACAGUGUUGACUUCUGGACCUUCAACUGCCUCUACUAUCUACACUGCAGACUAGACUGGGUCUAUAGAGUCCCUAUCUGCCAAAUCUUCACUCCUCCAAACCCUCCUUUCUUUCAAGCGUGUGUAGUUUGUACACAUGGAAACAGCAAUGUCACGGUUGUUGCAGCAGAUAAGGAUGCGGUACUCACUAGAUUUCAAGCUAAAGGAAGAGUAGUGUGUGCUGAUUGCUGUGUGCCUAAGAAGAUUCUACUGGUUCUCACUGAAGAUGGGGUGGUAACUACUGCUAGCACUUUGACUAGUCCGAUAACAAUACAGGAUGAGUGGCGUGGUAUAGAGCGUUGGGAGUGGCCAAGUGGACAGAUAGAGGCAAAAAUAGGCACUGUGUCCUGCAUGGUGUUAUACUGUGACGUUACAGAUAAAGAAUGGAAAUCCUUACAGAUGCAGAGAGCACACAAGCCAAAGAAGAUCAGACUCCUGCAUGAUGCAAACAGGUUUCUGGUUAUACUGGGCCACCUUGGUGGUUAUGUGUCUGUACUCAAUAUGAAUUCAGCCAAAGUCCAGUUCAGAACAUCUGCUCACAACAACAAAAACAUCAACAGCAUGCAGGCAUAUCCAGACAGUGGUUUCCUACUGACAGCAGGUGAAGAUAAAGCUGUGCUGGUUUGGCGGGUAUUCCCAAGUGCUAAGCAGUGUUUGAGUCUCCACUUCAGCGUGUUGUGCGAUCGCCCCCCUGUUUUGCUGGCACUGUUGGGAACCCAACUCAUCCUAGCUUUAGAAGAUCCAGAAAAUAAUACUGACAGCCUGGUGCAGCACAGCUUAGAGAGCCAAAACCGAUAUGACCAGCAACCCAGUGAAAGACAUCACAAAAAAAUCACAGGGCUCUGUGCCUGUCGUCAGCUGGGAGUGUUUGCUUCGAGCAGUCAGGAUGAAACUGUACGGAUCUGGGAUAUGGAAAACUGCCUUCUUAGAAUUCUGGAGCUGAAUGCAGAGCCGGAGUGUUUGGCAUAUUGUGGGGAGAGUGGAGACCUGCUAUUGGGCAUCACAGGAGACCUUUACAGAAUCCCUAAUACACACCUACUCCCUCCAGACUGCAGAACACAAAAAUGUGAUCCAGACACUGAAUUGCCCAAAUCUUGGAACACUAGCCUCAAAUCCAGGAUGGAGAGUUGCUGUUUUAUUCAAAAGGAUGGUCCUAAAUUGCUUGAUUGUACUAAAGAUCCAGACUUUGGAGUUCUUGUGGCAAGACAUAAAGAUCUGGAAUCCCUGCGAAAAGGAGAGCUUGAGUGCAGAAGGAAAAAAAUAGCCACCGGACAAACCAAACAAGAGGCCUUCAGUAAUUACCUGAGUAAAAUUUACAGACAACCCCUUGAUAUAAGAAUACCAGAGGAUAUGUUUGAUAUGUAUGCAUUACUGUUUCCACCUCAACGUCCUGAGCUGCCUCCCAUCCCUCCUAAAAGAAAGAGCGAACUAGAGGAAGUGCAACUCUUGCAUAAUGGAGAGGAGGAGAAGAAGGAGGGGGGAGAGUCUGAAAUGCACCCUCCACCGAUUCUAAAAACACAAUCCAUACAGAAGAGUCCUCUCCCCCCUCGACUGAUGGAAGAAAAACACAUAUCCCCUCCUCCAAAGCCCUCUUCACCAAUAAAACCUCCUACACCCCAUCAGACUCCACCCCCCAAACAUUCACCACCUUCUGCCCCACCUAUACCCACUCCUGUCCCACCUCCCUCUCCACCUAAACAACCCACACCCCCGCCCCCUCCACCCCCAUCCGUAAAUCUUCCAGAGUUCCUCCUGCAGUUCGUGGAUGAGCCAUGGUUUCAGAAGAUGUUUCCUGAUCUGAGUUGCAUUCCGAGGUCUUUAGUCCCCAGUCAGUUCUGCGUGCGUCUGUUGGACUUCAUGAUGUCUUGCAGCAUGGCUCAGAAGAGCAGCAUCAUGAAUGCAUUUCUCUUGCUAGUACAGCAGAAGGUGUUGGACAAAGAGACUCUCAGCAAUAAACUGCUGCUUUGCCUGAAAAACUGCAUUCACAAAAACAUGUCAAGGGAGGACCAGCAUUUUGUUGGCGAGCUGUUGAAUUUGAUGGUGUAUCUGAAUCCUGGCAGUUCUGACACCAUUUUGGAGCUUCUUGCCAUGUUGGCUAACAAGGAAGUUGAUCUUAUGCCCUUAGCUGUGUGUAUAUUGGAAAGGUUGGGUGUGGAGGAGGUUGAACAGUGGUUAUGUCCAGAAUUUGAGUCCUGGAACUCUCUGACAAAGCACCAACCAAACCAGCACCACAGUCUGAGAGAGAUGGCCAACCACUGGCUGCUUACCUGGACCAAAAAAUACAAGCUGCACAGCAGGUCAGUGUCUCUGCGCAGUGAAGGAGAACAGAGUUUGGCUGGUCCUGUGGAGGUGCUCAGAUAUUUCUGCUCUUUUCAGAGAGGAAAACGGACUCGACCUCCUCCACCAGAGGCCAGGAAAGAUGCUGUUAUAGCGCCUUCAGACUUGCCAAAACCGGAGCCUAUUCAGCGUCUGGGAGAGACACACAGCAUGUCUAGGAUACGAGAGCCUCAAGGGCGUCUGCUGCCUCCAUUACCAUAUCGUCCAGAGUUGAUGGGCUUCACACGGGUCCUCUCUCUUCCAAUGGCUCAUGUCACAUUGUCCCAGUUCCCCAUUUCCCUGGAUUUUCAGGAGACCAGACGCCUCUCACCACUCAAAUACUUCCACCUGGAGCGCUCCUACGUACAGUAUUACAGAUAAGACCUAAUACUUUCUAAAAGCAUUGCAUAAAAAGUCUUGAUAGACACAAUACUCUUUCUCUCUCUAUCUAUCUCUGAUGCAUAAAAUAACACAAAAUAAAGCUGUGUAUUGUGAUUAGCUUCAUCUUCCCAGUGUAUAACUGACAACUGAAUAUUACAGA